CUAGAGGGAGGGAGAGCGUGUGAAAAGAAGGACAAGGCAAAACAAGAGGAAAGAGUUCUAGGAAGACAGUCUGAGCAAGAAGGAGGGAGGAGGAGAGAGUGAGAAAGAGAGAGAGGGAGGGAGCAAGCAAGAGAGUAAGGAGGGAGGGAGGCUGAGCGAGAGAGAGAGAGGGAAGAGACAGGCUUUGCCUUUUCUGGUAGUUAUAGUUGCUGAAAGAGCAAGCAGGAAUUCUUUGUGCUGUAGCAGAGAGAGCUGAGAUAUAAACCAGACUGUAGAGUUGAUAUACUGAGAGAGGAGUGAGUGCUGCCCAUGGACUAAGCGUCGCUACUCACUACAGCUAAGUCUGAACACAGAAGAAACGCUCACCGGCCACCAUGGAUGACGACUUUGACCAGCGCAUGGAAUUAAGGAGGCAGAGGCGUGAGCAGAUGCGUCUAGAGGCAGAGAAGGGCUUCAGCACAACUGAUGAUGAUGAGGAGGUGGCUCGCGAGCGGAGGAGAAAGGCUCGUGAGGAACGAUUGAAAAAGGCAGAGAUGGAGGAGUCUAGCAGCAGCACCAUGACAACAGAGGUCAACAACACUCACAGUGUGACAGAGACAGAGUCCUCCUCCACCGGUGCAGAGGUGAGCUCCUCAUCAGGUGGUGGGGAUGACGUGGCACUCCUGGACCGCCUGGCCAAGCGGGAGGAACGCAGACAGAAGAGGUUGAAAGAGGCACUGGAUAGACAGAAGGAGUUCGACCCUACCAUCACCGACGGCAAUGAGAACAGCCAGGAGGAGACCUCCUCUAGCAGGCGCCACCAAGGCACAGAGGAGGAGAAGGAGGAGAAACCAGUCCAGGAGGAAGUAACCACUAACUCCUGGAGUAGAGAGGAGGAGAAGGAGGUGAAAGAAGAGGAGGCGACGCCAAAGGAGGAAGAGCCUGAACCCGUCACAGAACCUGAGAAAGCUGAGGAGGUGGAGGAAGAGAAGAAAGAGGAAGAGGUUGAAGAAACGCAAAUAGUACCAGACACAUUUAUUGAAUUUGUUGUACCCGCUGCACCACUACAAGAGUGCGGGUUUGAAAUAUCCAUAAUGCCCAAGAUGGUAGUAGAGGAGAAAGCUGUUGAAGAGAUAUCUAAGAAAGAAGAGGAAGAAAAACAGAAAAAGGAGAUGGAAGAAAAAGAGGCUGCAGCAAAACUCAAGAAAGAGGCUGAGGAAAAGGCUGAAAAAGAAAGGAAAGAAGCUGAAGAGAAAGCUGCACAACUCAAGAAAGAAGAAGAAGAAAAAGCUGCACAACUCAAGAAAGAAGAAGAAGAAAAAGCUGCAAAAUUGAAGAAAGAAGAAGAAAAGGCUGCAACACUCAAGAAAGAAGCUGAAGAAAAAGAAAAGGCUGUAGAACUGAAGAAAGAGGCUGAAGAAAAAGCUGCAAAACUCAAGAAAGAGGCUGAAGAAAAAGAAAAAGCUGCAAAACUCAAGAACGAAGAAGAAAAAUCUGCAAAACUCAAGAAAGAAGAAGAAGAAAAAGCUGCAAAACUCAAAAAAGAAGAAGAAGAAAAAUCUGCAAAACUCAAGAACGAAGAAGAAAAAGCUGCAAAACUCAAGAAAGAAGAAGAAGAAAAAGCUGCAAAACUCAAGAACGAAGAAGAAAAAGCUGCAAAACUCAAGAAAGAAGCUGAAGAAAAAUCUAAAAAAUCUAAGCAAGCAGAGGAAAAAAAGAAAGCGGAGGAGGAAAAGUCAAAAAAGCGGGAGGCUGAGAAGGUGGAGAAACCGAAGUUAAGAUCAGUGAAGAAAGACGAGGAGUCCACCCCCUCCAAGCAGCAGAACGGAGGUGUGGCGCGCUCCACCGAGGCCGAGGACCAGGAGCGCCUGGAGGCUGAGCGUAAGCUGGAGGAGCUGAAGCGGCGUCGUGACGAGGCGGACAGCGAGGAGUUGGAGAAGAUGAAGCAGAAACAGCAGGAGUCUGAGGCCGAGCUGGAGGAGCUGAAGAAGAAGAGGGAGGGGAGGAAGAAGAUCAUUGAGGAGGAGGAGAAGCAGAGGAAGACAGAGCUGGCAGAGAAGAAGGCCAAGGAGCAGGAGGAGAGGAAGAGGUUGAAGGAAGAGAUAGAGCAAAGAAGAAAAGAGGCUGCAGAGAAGAAGAAACAGAUGAUAGAGGAAUCGGGCGACGGAGACAAGAAACCCUUCACACUGGGUGUCACGCCCAAGGGCAAGAUUGGGGAGAGGGCAGAAUUCUUGAACCAGAGAUCCCAGAAAGGCUGUAAGACAUCACAUGCUCCUAUUGUCUCCAAGAUAGGCAACAGACUGGAACAAUACACUGCUGCAGUUCAGACCAACCGGGAUGUGAGGUCUCCCAAGUCUCCAGUCUCAGACCUGCCAGAGACACCAAGUAUCCGCAACAUCAAGAGCAUGUGGGAGAAAGGGAACGUUAGGGGGGCCACUGAGAGCCCCAAGCCUACGAAUAAGGAUGCUGCUGAUAUUAAAGUGGGUGUGGCUGGACUGACUAAAGGCUGGGGCAAGAGCCCAGCAGACACUGGCAAGGCAGCUGCAGCCGCAGCUGAGAAGGCUGAAGACCUGAAACCUGUUGAUGUGGGCAACAAGCGCAGCCUAUGGGAAACAAAGGGCUCCUCCCCUGCCAAGCAGGUGACAGUUGGAGGCAAGAGCAAAUCUGUCACAAAUGCAGGUGUGGGACGCUAAUGAUCCAAAGUAAAAACCCUGAGGAAGAAGCCCAAACGGAUGAAAUAAAAUACUCUACUAUUCAUAACCAAAAAUAUCUCCAUAACAGCCUUGCAGGGGUUGGAACCGAAAUUAUUUUCCAAUAUUUUAGUUCUGAACAGAACCAUUAUUUUUUUUGUUCCGUUCCACUGUUCCGACCAGCAAAAUAAAGUUCUGAACCGGUUCCCCCAAAAGUAAUGGUUUAUAGUGUUCCUUUCUGUUCCUUUUUAAACCUCUGAAAUCAAUUUUUAUACAUUACUUCACCAAUCAGUGCAGAUAGAACA